AUGGCGGGAGUGAACGGUGACCGUAAAGGAAAGAAGGAUGACAACGGCAUGGGCACGGCCGUUGACUUUUUGCUCUCUAAUGCCAAGCUUGUGCUUGGGGUCGGAGGAGCUGCCAUGCUUGGCAUUGCAUCACUAGCAGUCAAAAGAAUGUAUGACCGUGCCAUAAGUGCUCCAACCAGCCCUACGAAGAUGGAACCAUCAGGGAAAAAGAGCUGGGAGGAGCCCAGCUGGAUGGGCUCGUCGCAACGGGUACUUAACCAUGACAUGAAGUCAACAGUGAGCAGGUCACUGCAGACUCUACCCUCCACCUCCAACUCCUUUGAACCAGACUGCAUGCGGAGGGCGACGGGGCGAGGACGUAGCGCUGCAGAAGAGACCGACCUCCUCCGGGCCAGGAUGCGCCUCUCCUUACAGGAGAAACUGUGGGAGUUCUACCAGGAGCGGGUGACCAUUCCCGCUGAGGAGCAGGCCACAGCCCGCCGGGCCGCCCUGGACAUCUGCGCUGAGCUGAGGAUCUUCCUGCACGGCAAGCUGCCCGACAUGCCCCUCCGAGAGAUGUACCUCAGCGGCAGCCUCUACGAUGACCUGCAGGUGGUGACAGCGGAUCACGCUCAGCUCAUGGUCCCUCUGACCCUGGAGAAGAACCUGUGGUCGUCAGUGCCCGGUGAGGACACCAUUAUGAAUGUUCCGGGCUUCUGGCUGAUUCGCAGAGAGAACCUGGAAUACUUCCCCCGAGGCAGCAGCUACUGGGACCGCUGCAUGGUAGGAGGCUACCUCUCCCCCAAGUCUGUCUUGGAGGUGUUCGAGAAGCUGGUGGCGGGCUCCAUCAACUGGCCGGCCAUCGGCAGUGUUCUGGACUAUGUGAUCCGGCCGGUGGUUCCCUCGGAGACGCUCACCCUGGAGGUCCAGUACAAGACGGACCGCCAUCUUUAUGUGGACUUCCUGCCUCUGCUAGUGAUGGACGACGGCGCCUCGCUGAUCGCCAAACCACACAGGCUGGCUGCUGAGCGCCACGAAAACCUUUGGCGGCAAAGCUUCCGCGUGGCGGAGACUGCGCGCCUGCGGGCGCUGGACCAGGAGGACGGGGGCUGCCGCUGCGCCUGCCUCAAGGUGACUAAAGCUGUGUGCAAGCUGAACAGCGCCCUGGCGCGCCUGUCGGCCGGUCAGCUCACCAGCGCCAUACUGCUGCUGAGCGAGAAGGAGGGCGACUGGACCCAGGAGGCACUGGCUGACCGCUUUCUGCAGUUGCUCCGCUCGCUCGUGGGACACCUAGAGGCCGGGAGGCUCCCCUGUGCCCUGAUCCCAAAGGUCAACCUGUUCUGUGAGCUGACGCCAGUGGAGGUGGAUGAGCUCGGAUAUACCCUCUACUGUUCUCUCUCUGACCCAGAGGGACUCCUAAGGACUCAUUAUUCUGACUGAGUCUGGUCAUGGGUUCUAGGGUUUAGGACAGAUAGAAUUAUAUACCAACUAAGGUUCCAUAGAUUCCAUACUGCGGAAGAGGAUAUGAUAGGUAAUUCAUAUGUGCUUUAGACAUGGACCAUGUCCCCUGUGACCACGUUGCUGUGUGAUUGAGUCAACAUCACGUGUCUGGAGUUGCUGUUUCAUCAAUCAGUAUGUUUCUCAUGUACUUUUUUUAUUUGUGUAAUUAUGUUUGUGAUUAAGUAGAAAUGCAAAAUCAACCACUUUGGUAGGAUAUGUUUAAAAACAUAUUUUUGACAUGCAAGCCAUAUCUGCUAAAUUCAAAUACAGGAUCAUCCAAAUACCAGUUAAACCUCAGAUGAUGAAACCAGUCUCUUCAUAAUGGUGCACGUAAGCCAUUUAGAAAUAGUACUGUUCAGAGGGGUAUACUAAAAAGCAUGAUCAAGAAGUUAGCCAGCUAACUUGCCUAGAUAUCCUAAAAAUGACUUUUUACGUAGAAAGAUAAUCUUUAAAUGGGCUUGGUCUAAAUUAAGCUUUCUUAAUGAACCAAAAUAAUCUACAGUUAUUUCUGGUUGUUGAACCUGCUUUGUAGUAUAUCCCUUGGUUUAGGGCUCAGUGUUUGUUGAAUUGGGGAUUGCUUCAUUGGCUAAUAUUAUGUUACCGUAAUAUUAUGUAACCAAUUUGGAAUUAAUGAUGUCAGAAAAAUAUUAUAUUUAUUAAUUAUAAUUUAUGUGGGAAUGGAAAUUGUGGUCUAUUUGAAAGAUAUUUUGUUAGCUCCAUUCUCAGAUUGCUGGUCUUUCAAACUGAGAUUAUGAUGGGUAACAUUAGUCUAAUGCGAGUGAAUAUCAUGUCUUAACAGGGGCAUGAAAGAGAUCUUUCAGUCAAGUGAACAAGCCUCAAUAAUCGGCUCUAGCAUUAUUGGUCUCUACAUACAUUACCGGUCAAAAGUUUUAGAACACUUACUCAUUCAAGGGUUUUUCUUUAUUUUUACUAUUUUCUACAUUUUAGAAUAUUAGUUAAGUUCUCAAAACUAUGAAAUAACACACAUGGAAUCAUUUAGUAACAAAAAAAUUGUGAAACAAAUCAAAAUGCAUUUUGUAUUUGAGAUUCUUCAAAUAGCUACGCUUUGCCUUGAUGACAGCUUUGCACACUCUUGGCAUUCUCUCAACCAGCUUCACCUGGAAUGCUUUUCCAACAGUCUUGGAGUUCCCACAUAUGCUAAGCACUUGUUGGCUGCUUUUCCUUCACUCUGCGGUCCGACUCAUCCCAAACCAUCUCGGUUGGGUUGAGGUGAGGUGAUUGUGGAGGCCAGGUCAUCUGAUGCAGCACUCCAUCACUCUCAUUCUUGAUAAAAUAGCCCUUACACACCCUGGAGGUGUGUUAGGUCAUUGUUCUAUUGAAAAACUAAUGAUAGUCCCACUAAGCCCAAAUCAGGCAUAUCGCUGUGGUAGCCACACUGGUUAAGUGUGCCUUGAUUUCGAAAUAAAUCACAGACAUUGUCAACAGCAAAGCACCCCCACACUUCCUCCUCCAUGCUUUACGGUGGGAAAUACACAAGCGGAGAUCAUCCGUUCACCCACACCGCGUAUCACAAAGACAUGGUGGUUGGAACCAAAAAUCUCCAAUUUGUACUCCAGGCCAAAGGACAAAUUUCCACCGGUCGAAUGUCCAUUGCUCGUGUUUCUUGGCCCAAGCCGGUCUCCUCUUCUUAUUGGUGUCCUUUAGCAGUGGUUUCUUUGCAGCAAUUUGACCAUGAAGGCCUGAUUCAUAGUCUCUGAACAGUUGAUGUUGAGCUGUGCCUGUUAAUUGAACUAUGAAGCAUUUAUUUGGGCUGCAAUGUCUGAGGCUGGUAAACUCUAAUGAACUUGUCCUCUUCAGCAGAGUUAACACUGGGUCUUCCAUUCCUCUGGCGGUCCUCAUGAGAGCCAGUUUCAUCAUAGCACUUGAUGGUUUUUGCGACUGCACUUGGAAGAAUCUUUAAAAGUUCUUGGAAUUUUCUUUAUUGACUGACCUUCAUGUCUUAAAGUAAUGGACUGUAAUUUCUCUUUGCUUAUUUGAGCUAUUCUUGCCAUUUUAUAUGGAUUGGUCUUUUACCAAGUAGGGCUAUCUUCUGUAUACCACCUCUACCUUGUUACAACACAACUGAUUGGCUCAAACACAUUAAGAAAUAAAUCAAUUCCACAAAUUAACUUUUAACCAAAGCUGUCAUCAAGGCAAAUUGUGGCUAUUUGAAGAAUCAGAAAUAUAUCAAAUAUAUUUUGAUUUGGUGUAACACUUUUUUUGGUUGCUAAAUGAUUCCUAGUGGUUAGUGUUGGACUAGUAACCGGAAGGUUGCAAGUUCAAACCCCUGAGCUGACAAGGUACAAAUCUGUCGUUCUGCCCCUGAACAGGCAGUUAACCCACUGUUCCUAGGCCGUCAUUGAAAAUAAGAAUUUGUUCUUAACUGACUUGCCUAGUUAAAUAAAGGUAAAAUAAAAAUUCCAUGUGUUAUUUCAUAGUUUUGAUGUCUUCACUAAUAUUCUACAAUGUAGAAAAUAGCAAAAAUAAAGAACCCCUUGAAUGAGUUGGCGUUAUGAAACUUUUGACCGUUAGUGUAUAUAGCUUAUAGCUGUGUUAGUGUAUAUAGGUCAUUUUAGCUGUGACUUGGAGGCAGGGUGCUUAUUACACUAUGACAAGAGAUGCCAGUUCAAAUGGACCGAUACUUUUGUGACACCGUCAGUACUGCCACCCCUAACAAGGUAAAUUGUCUUAAGCACUGUUGUGGUCCACGAGGAAACAAGACCAGUGAAUGGGACAUGGCAGGGGUUGUUCUUCUACUGCAGGGCACUUCUGGUACUGUAGAAUGGUAUCGUACAGUUUGUGCUGUAGCCAACUCUUCUCGUCAUGUAUGGUAUUGGCAUGGCUAGAAGAGUUGCUUACAGUAUGGGACCAGGUCACACUUAGCCUAUUCUACCACUGUGUAUAUGGAUAGAAUGUAAUAUUGACCAUGUGAGCUGCCCCUAAAGCAAAUAAAUGCUUGUGGUACAACUGAAAUCUUGACAUUCUUGAGUUAAAAAAGAACAUGUUGCGCCACUUCUUUAUUUUUCGUUCUUGAAGCGAGUGUUUUUGAUUUUGGUUCAACUUAGCUCAACUUGCAGUUAUUUCUGAAAUUGAAGCAACUUUGCAAAGGUCGAAACCAGUGGAGGCUGCUGAGGGGAGGACGGCUCAAUAAUGGCCGGAAUGGAGUGAAUGUUAUCAAA